UAUUUUUUAUUUUAUUUAUUGUAUCUGUUUCUCUCAUUAAAAAUCCAUGGACUGCUUGAAUAACACCUCAAAAAUUUCAUUCACUCUUUAUACGAUCCAUUUGCAAAGAAAAUCAGAACCCACGCACUUGCACGCGCCUUUCCUCUUUCUCUCUCUCUCUCUAAGCUACAUCUAUAGAAAAACCGCCUUCCCACUUCAUUCCCUGCCUGUCGUUUUUGUUAUAUCGAAAAAGAAACGAAAAAGAAAAGAAACAAAAAACCUCUCUCUCACUCUCUCUCUCUCUCUCUCGCUGAAUGGGUUGCCGAGGCAUGGAUAUCUGCCAAAUCUAGAGCAACCCAUUUCAUGUUUGUCUGCCAUUUGAAGGAAAAAUUUGCUCCUAGCUCAUUUUGUUUCCUUUAUGUAGUUUAAUCAUUUCCUACAGUAGGGUUGGUCUGUAAGUCCAUUGUUAUCUUUUUUUUAAAAAAUAUAUAUAUAUUUUUUUCUGCGCCAUUUUUUCGCCACUGGCAUUAAUCUAGCGACUCUGUACAAAUCUGGACAAACCCAUUUGAUCAGUGACGGUGGAUGAACCAACAAGCAAGGUUUUUUGUUUGUACUCUUGAUCAUGGAGGGAGAAACAUCAUGGAUUAGCCAUUGCUUUGAUGACAUCACAAGAGAAAUUGGUGAGUUUGAUUCAUUCUCAGAGCUUAGUGAUGAAGGCAAUAAGGAAACUAGUGUAGUUUCUGUGGACUUGAUUCUGCCUGAUGACUUGUUGGAACGGAUCCUAGCCUAUCUUCCCAUAGCUAGCAUUUUCAGAGCAGGUUGUGUUUGCAAAAGAUGGCAUGAGGUUGUCAGUUCAGGGAGGUUUUUGUGGAACUCUGCGCAUGUUCUACCACAAAAACCAUGGUAUUAUAUGUUUACAAGCUCUAAUGAAGCAAUCGGGUAUGCCUAUGAUCCCAUACUUCGAAAGUGGUAUGGAAUUGAACUCCCUUGUAUCCGUGCUCCCAAUUGGUUCAUUGCUUCAUCUCGUGGCUUGGUUUGCUCCAUGGAUAACGACAGUAGAAGUGAGUUAUGCGUCUGCAACCCUAUAACCAAACAGUGGAAGAAGCUUGAGGAGCCACCUGGUUUGAGAUUUUCUGACUACAGUGCACUUGCGAUUUCAACCAACAGGAUGUCUCAUGGUUAUACCAUCUCGAUUGUCAAAUCUAAGCAAGUCCCGGGCAAUUUUUUCCAAUGGGACAUCUCCAUUCAUUUAUAUGAUUCAGAAACAAUGAUAUGGGUGACUUCCUUAGCAGAGGUUUUGACAGGAUGGAGAGCUGGGGACGAGAGUGUGAUAUGUGGUGGGGUUUUGUACUUAUUGAUUUACUCCACUGGCGGUGGGGCACCAGAAAACCGUCAUGGCCUAAUCGCAUACAAUCUCUCUACCCGAUCUUCCCAUGGGUUGUUGAUAAAGAGUUUUGUACCUGUACCAUGCCCUCUUACAUGUGGUCGGUUGAUGAACCUGAAGGAGAAGCUAGUAAUGGUAGGAGGAAUCGGUAAGCCAGAUCGGCCAGACAUAAUCAAGGGGAUUGGUAUCUGGGUUCUAAAUGGGAAGGAAUGGCAAGAGGUUGCUCGCAUGCCCCAUAAGUUUUUCCAAGGAUUUGGAGAGUUAGAUGAUGUUUUUGCUAGCAGUGGUACUGAUGAUCUCAUAUACAUUCAGAGCUACGGAGCUCCAGCUCUACUUACCUUUGACAUGAACCAGAGACAAUGGAAGUGGUCACAGAAAUGCCCAGUGACAAAGAGGUUCCCACUUCAGCUCUUUACUGGUUUUUGUUUUGAGCCCAGACUUGAAGUUGCUCCCUAAUACGAUUCUCCGUGCAUUCAAGUGGUGUCAUUGACAAAGUAUUGCUUUUCCUCCCCUUUUGUCGAAGUUGUUACCUAUUUGUUUCCUUUAUAAUAUGAAAUCAGUGUUUUGAAAUUUUUAUUACAAAAUGUAACUUGCAGCGAAAGCUGCUCAUUCAUGAUUAUGGGAUUCUUAUUCUUUGCAUUUGGAAAUACCA